CACAGCAUGUCAAAAAUUACAUCAGAAUACAACGAUAAAUGUGAAAAAAGCAAGAUAAUAAUUUUUUUGUUACACAGUGUAAUCAAGGUAUCACGAAACAACUACCAAUCAAGAAAAAACUAUAGUUACUCAACAUUCUGAUGUCAACAAAAAAUUUCAAUUUACCCAUUUACUGCUGUUCCUGAAUUGUGUUUUCUAGUUUUCGAGUUUUAAGAUGGGAAAGUUUAUAGUCAAAAUUAUUUUGACAGUCGUUUUGUUGGCAAUUGUGGGUGGUAUUUUGGCCCAUCAGUAUGCCAUCGAUUAUCACUAUAUAAUCAUUGUUUACAAGGAAAUAGAGAAUCACCCGUUAGUAUCCCCUAUGACUCCGCAUCUGGUUGUGGUAAUGUUCAUACUCCUGUCGUUUAUCAUCCGCAUAUUUUUGGAGAGUUUCGAAAUCUCGAUUUCGAUCAGCUUUUUCACCGUACUUCUUGGGUUCUUGUGGGGCAUAGUAGCAAGCCACGAUGUCGUCAUCCGCCUAGCAUCAAGUUUUAUGGCGAUCUCAUCAGAGGAAUGCCUCUUCUUUUACGUUCCGAUAAUGAUUUUCAACAUUGCGUUCUGUUUGGAUGUGUAUAUAUUCUUAAAAACUCUUCCACAAACUGUGGUGAUAGGCGUUCCUGUGUUUUUAGUUACUGCCAUAAUAUACGGAUUUAUGGCAAAAGGAGCUAUCGAGCCAACGUGGAAGCUAGAGCAUGCGUUGAUCUUCGGUGUUUACAUCGCUCCUAUCUAUCCAAAAGCGGCCACGCUGAUACUCAAACAGCAUUCAACGCAAACCAAGCAAAUCGCCGUCUUGUUGGAAGCUGAGGCGCUGUUCACUCUGAUUACGACGGACGUAAUACGAGAACUCAGAUCUUCUGCCUUACUAGAAAUAACGGUCUGGUGGUACCAGUACGUACUAGUAGCGAUAUGGUUCAUCAUGGGAGGCUUAGUUGCGGGUUUUAUGUUCGGAUACUUGGGUAAAUAUUUCUUGAGGAAACUGUACACGCAGAAAUACUGCGCAAUGAUGAUUUGUUUUGCCUUCCCGUUCGUCAUCUACAGCUUCACAGAAAAGUUAAUUACUGGAUUAGGCAGCAUUCCUGUGGCGGUAGCGGGGGUCAUGCUUGGCAUGGAACGUACCGUACUUUCAAAAGAAAUCGAAGUUUUUCUCAUCAACAUGUGGGAAGUUGUGGCUUUUAUCUUGGACACAGUUAUUUGCGCUAGGUCUGCAAUGCUGGUAGGGACCUAUGUACUUACGUAUAUUUCUCUGCGUGAGUAUUUCGUGGUUCUAGCGGCUUAUUCUCUUUAUUUUGUCGUGCGCUUUUUUUCCUUUCUCUUAUUCUCGUGCGUUAUAAGUCGCCUGGGUUACGGGAUAGAUAUGAAAGGUAUGUUUAUCUGCGCGUGGUGCGGCUUGAAGACACCCUUCAGUUUAGAAAUUCUUGCAUCUUUGUAUGAAAAGGGGAGCACCGAGCUAAACGAGUACACCUUCUAUAUUCUCGGAAUUUACUGUUUGACGCAUUUGAUCAACGCAUCGUUUAUGGGCACGCUUUUGGAAGCCUUAGGCCUUACUCGAAUCUCUACUCCGCGACAAAUGAACAUGAAUAACUGCAUGAAGCACUUAUUUGUGAAGAGAGAGAAGACAGUGCGGGUGCUGAAAGAAGACAGGUUCCUCGCGGACGCGAACUGGCCCGUUGUUAUCAAUUCUACCAACCUGAGACAUCCUUAUCGAACGCAGGUGGACAUGGAAGACGAUGAAGACGAUCUUUUCUUGGGGUAUCGAUUCACGUAUUGUCCCGACUGUCAGAAAGACGUGCCGCAGGAGCCCACAGUGAAGGAAUUUAAAGAGAUGACGAGAGAGGCUAAAAUAAGGGUCCUAAAAGCGAAGAAAAUGUCGUACUCGCGCCAGUACGAAAACGGAAUGAUGUCUAAAGAAGGCAUACGGCUUCUAAAUCAAGCAAUAGAACUGGCGGCGGAUUCUAAAGACGCCGAAAUUAAAGUGGAAGACCUGUAUAACAGAUUUACAGAGGAGAACUGGUGUCAACGCUUCAUUAGACGACAUCUCGAUCGUAUAAGAGAGAAAAAGGCUGGCGUUAGACCCCCACGUACGUACUGGCGUCGGCUUUGUUACCAUAUGGUCGUAACUAAUAGAACAUACGAAAAAGCAAUGUUUCUGAUAGUCUUCUUCCAUGUCAUUGUUAUCGCAGUCGAUUUUUACAUUAAUUCGAAUAUAAUAACUAGACAUGAACGGGUGGAAGUAGACGAUUCGAUAGAACACAUCAUACAAGCAUUAAACAUCGUAUUCGCGUUGCUUUACGUUGUGGAAUUCGUAGUAAAGAUAAUGGCAUUUUCGUACGUUUAUGUCUGCGCUCACGGAUUUCGAACAUAUUUCAGCUCAUUCUGGAACAUACUGGACUUUGUGGUAAUGUUGGGGUGUUCCGUGCAAGUCCUUCAUAUUUUAAUAUUUCAUUCAAACGAAACACACAGUACAGAAGUAAUGCUAAAUGACAGAGCUUUUCAAGUAUCCAACGUUAUAAGUACACUACGUAUUAUUCGACUAGCUCGCGUAAUUGAAACGUUUUACCUUGACGUGUUUGUUUACAUCGACCAGGCUUACGACUCAAAAUUGUCAUUUACGUAUGAACUAGGCAAAUCGUAUGCCACCACCGAAACAGAAAUCUUGGAAAUGCUUCCCUACAUGAUCGAUAAUAAAGAAAUUAAAGAACAGAUUUCCAAAAAAAUAGAAAUAGAUCGAGCUUAUAUAACGAAGCUUUUGGGUCUGGUCCAGAAGGAAAGACCUUGGAUAGCGAUCACGGUCAAGACAACGCAAGCAAUCCGGACCAUACUGAAUGCGAAGAAAGAAGCGAUCAAUUUCUUAAAAGCCUCGGGUUGGAUCGAUUCCGACGACUACUCGAAGUUGAUGGGCUUCCUGGAAACUCUGUACCAACAAGUCAGUUCCAUCCGAAGAGUUAACCCCAGCCCUCCGAAAGUUAUCUUCAAAGAAGUCGCCUGGAUGGCGGAGGACGAGCGCGUAAUCGAAUUUUUGUUCGAAAAUGUCACCGUUAAGAGUUUUGAACCUCAAGAAGAAGUCUUCACAGAGGGAACCGUCGCCGACGGCAUUUACAUCGUGGUCACAGGACUUUUGAUCAUAACUUAUAACCCGGACCCGAAUAUACUCGAGGCUUUGAAUGACUACGGACGACUACCGGUGGUGGAUUAUCUUUCCGGAACGAGCUAUGAAGACCCCUCUGUUGACUAUAUAGUUUCUGGAAACUGCAUGGGAGAGCUUAGUACUUUAACCGGAAGGUCCUACAACUGUACCAUCAAGGCGGAUCUUUACAGCCAAGUUUAUUUUUUGAGUCGUGGUGUAUUGAGAAGAGCCAUGGAACUGAGUCCUGAUCCUGCUGUCGGGUUGGAGUGUCGCAUUUGGAAAGAAGUUAGUGUGAGAAUUGCCGUACCGCUGUUACUGUCGACUCCGGCGUACCAGGCCUUCUCUCAAGACCAAAUCAAAUUCGCACUUGAAAGAGCUUUCGUGCCCGAUUUAUCUGCAUUCAAAACUUUUACCGUCACAGAUGUCAUAGAAGACAUCAUCCUGAUCGAAGGCGUGGUGUUCGAUUAUAAUACAACAAACUACUAUUUCGCUCCCAAUUAUAUACCGAGGACGGUCCAGAAGCUGAUUCUGCCAACAAGCAGUCUUAUGCAACUUCCAAUCCAGACAGAAACCAAACUGUUAAUAAUCCCCGUACAAGACGUAGAAGAAAUAGAAGUUAUGCUGAUGGCCGAAGAAACUUGUGAACUUAUACGAUCCCUUUCUUCGAGCAAGUGUCUCCAACACACAGCGCAAGAUCAACUCAAGAGAAGAAGACGACAAAAAAGGGGCGACUUGGGGAGCCAAAGUAGUUCACGCGGGAGACGGGCAAUUGCAUCGAGCAUAGGAACAUCUGUCAGUCGUUAUGCCGCCAGCACCAAGUCUACCGUCAUGUCUUUCAGAAAUGAAAAAUCUGAGGUAGGUAGCGUAUUUAUACCGAUGGAUGACAACGAUCGCUAACUUGACGAAACAGAGGGAUGUCUAAGCUAUGCGAAAAUGAUGAAUUUGUGAAUUUUUUGAUUAACGAUGAAUAAACGCUUUUGAAACUU